AUGUACAACUCAGCCCGGAUGAUGAAGCCAAAGCUGUCCUUGAGCAUCUCUGCUGCGCAGAAUGCCACUCGGCCAUCCUUGUCGCUCAAGUCCCCAAUCACCCUCAAGUCACCAAGUGCUCUGCCUCGCACUCCUAUCUCGCCAAUGUCCGCUGCUAGCCCGUCAAGCAAGAUGUUCUCAACGUUGCAAGUGCCAAAUUAUGCAUACACCAACUCUUGCUCCUCAAAGAGCAUUCUCAAGAAGCAGCCGUCCUCGGGAGCUGCUGUCGACAAGCGAAUUCAAUUCCAAGUGACACCGACUGUUCACUGUGUGACACCGAUCGAGAACCCAGAUGAGUACUACGGUAAACACAUGAAAAUGUCUCGAGAGGAGCGGCGGUGGACAGUUCGACAGUGA